CCUUCUCUCGGGCGCCCGCCAGGCCAGGUGCUCAACGUUUCGGACAGGGAGUCCUUCAUCAAGAGCUGGAAAAAGUUAAUGAGCUGCCAAAAAGCUACUGGUUUCCAGAUUGCAGUCUGCAGUUUACAACACUGUAGUUUUCAGUGUUCUGUGCUGUAGUUACGUUUGUAUAUUUUAAAGAGCUGUGUUAAAUUAUCGUCGGAGGCUUCCUGGGAGCACAGAUCCGAGAUGGAUGAGGAAGACUCAGUUGGCCGCGAAGCAGGAAGAGGGCCUGGUACCACCACAACUGGAAGCAGUGGGGAAUUCUGGGAAGGAACAGUGCAGGGAAUCCUGGGAGAAGAGACGCCCUGCCCAGAGGUACGGAGCCGGCAUUUCCGGCAAUUCCACUACCAGGAGGCCGAGGGCCCCCGAGAGGUUUGCAGCCGACUCCACGAUCUCUGCCGCCAGUGGCUGAAACCAGAGAGGCACACGAAGAACCAGAUGCUGGAUCUGGUGAUCCUAGAGCAGUUCCUGGCCGUCCUGCCCUCGGAGAUCGGGAGCUGGGUGAGAGAAUGUGGAGCGGAGACCAGUUCCCAGGCGGUUGACCUGGCAGAAGGUUUCCUCCUCAGCCGGGCAGAGGACAAGAAGCAGGAAGAGGAGCAGGAGCAGGGCCUGCCUGCAGAAUUGAGCGCUGAUUUCUCUGGGGCAGAGAAGGCUCCACUCAGACGCAGUUCGGAGCGAAGAAGGAUCGUUCAGGAGGCUGACGGAGGAGCCCCCGUGCAGGGUGAAGUCAUGAUGCCGGCAGUCGGUACCCCAUCAUCUCUUUCUGGUGGCGAAGGGGGAACGGAGGCCAUGGGACCCAAUGAGGGUCUGGUGAGCUUUGAGGAGGUGGCUGUGUCGUUCACGGAGGAGGAGUGGGCGCUGCUGGAUCCGGACCAGAGAGCAAUGCAUCGCGAAGUCACCGAGGAGAUCUGUGGGAUUGUGACCUCUCUGGCGGCCGCACACUGGGUGGACCAUUUCAUCGAGCUGUCCACCACAACCCCAAGAUCUCUUUCUUGUUCGGUCACCGACAGCUCAGAUCUGAUGGACCAGGAGAGAAUAAAAACAGGAGCAAUGCACAAGAUGACCAGUAAACCCUUUGCUUUUCAUGGCCACAGUGAAACCCUAGUACAGGAAAACUUAGCUGAACAAACGGAAAUAAAUCAGUAUUCUGUGCAUAGGACAAGCUUUGAUUCUCAAUCAAGUCUUAAAAGCCAUUGUAAAACUCACACAGAUGACAACUCAUUAAAACGCUUGGAGUGUGGAAAGAGCUUCACUAGAAACACACACCUGACUUCUCAGCAGAGAAUUCUCACAGGGGAGAAACCAUAUGAAUGUGCAGACUGUGGAAAGAGCUUCAGUCAGAAGCCUAGCCUCACUUAUCAUCAAAGUAUUCACACAGGGGAGAAACUAUAUGAAUGUGCAGAGUGUGGAAAGAUCUUCAGUCAGAGUUCAAGCCUUACUUCCCAUCAAAGAAUUCACACAGGGGAAAAACCAUAUGAAUGUGCAGACUGUGGAAAGCGCUUCAUUCAGAAGAUACAACUCACUCGCCAUCAAAGAAUUCACACAGGGGAGAAACCAUAUGAAUGUGCAGACUGUGGAAAGCGCUUCAGUGAUAAGUCAUACCUCACUUCUCAUCAAAGAAUUCACACAGGGGAGAAACUAUAUGAAUGUGCAGAGUGUGGAAAGCGCUUCAGUCGGAGUUCAAGCCUUACUUCUCAUCAAAGAAUUCACACAGGGGAGAAGCCAUAUGAAUGUGCAGAGUGUGAAAAGUGCUUCAGUGAUAAGCUACACCUCACUCGUCAUCAAAGAAUUCACACAGGGGAGAAACCAUAUGAAUGUGCAGACUGUGGAAAGCACUUCAGUUGGAGACCAAACCUCACUUCUCAUCAAAGAAUUCACACGGGGGAGAAAGCAUAUGAAUGUGCAGACUGUGGAAAGCGCUUCAGUGAUAAGCUACACCUCACUCGUCAUCAAAGAAUUCACACAGGGGAAAAACCAUAUGAAUGUGCAGUGUGUGGAAAGCACUUCAGUGAUAAGAUACAACUCACUCGUCAUCAAAGAAUUCACACAGGGGAGAAACCAUAUGAAUGUGCAGAGUGUGGAAAACGCUUCAGUCACAUCUCAAGCCUCACUUAUCAUCAAAGUAUUCACGCAUGUGAAAAACCAUAUAGCUGUGUAGAGUAUGGACAGAGCUUCAGUCAGAGGUCAAGACCCACUUCAAUGAACAAAACCAUAUGAAUGUGCAGAGUGUGUAAAGAGCUUCCAUUGUAGCACAAGCCUCACUUCUCAUUAAAGAAUUCACAGAGGUGAGAAAUUAUACAGCUGUGCAGAGUGUGGAAAGCGCUUCAGUCAGAGCACAAACCUCACUUCUCAUCAAGAAUUCACACGGGGAGAAACCAUAUGAAGGUGCAGAGUGUGGAAAGUGCUUCAGUAAGAAGAUAAACCCCACUUAUUAAAGAAUUCACACAGGAGAAACCGUAUGAAUGUGCAGACUGUGGAAAGCACUUCAGUGAUAUGAUAAAAGUCACUCGCUAUCAAAGAAUUCACACGGGAAAAACUAUAUGAAUGUGCGGAUUGUGGAAAGAGCUUCACUAGAAGCACACACUUUUCAUCGAAGAAUUCACAGAGGUGAGAAACCAUAUGAAUGUGGAACCAAGGCAGGGUCUCCUUCGUGGGGUUUCCG